AUGGAUUCAUCAUUAGUCAUCAAAUAUUUUCGAGAUUUACAGACAAAUGAUGACUUGAUCAUCAAAAAUUCGUCAGAUAAACUUACAGAACUCACCAAAACACUUGAUUUCAUUCCAAUUUUAAUCGAUUUGUUAUCCAAUGACGACGAUUUUAUUCAAAAAGAAGCAUGUACUUUAUUAAAUAGGACAAUACAACUAACCAAAUCAGAAUUAGAUCCAGAAAACGCGAAAUUGUUUCUUCUCAAAAUCAUUCCAAUAUUUAUUAGCUUUGAUUCAGAUUUAUCAUACUUAAUUUUCCCUGCUAUACAUAAUCUCGCGCUUGCUUUUGAUAGUAACCAAUUCUUUUUAGAAUUAAUCAAUUCUCUCCAUCAAUCUAACGAUAAAUUACAUCUGAUGCUUCUUUGUCUCAUUUCAACAGUUGAUCCCACACCAAUUACUUCCCUUGAAAUAGAAUUAAUGCGAGAUCUAAUUUUAACAGAAGAUACAAGAACUUUUCAUAUAGUAAUGAUGUUAAUUUUAUCAAUAGUCGCAUUUAGUAAUAUACAAAAUGAUGAAAUGGAAGAAAUUAACAAAAUAUUUCAAGAAAGUCUUUUAUACUACAUUAAAAGCAAUAAGACUGAACAUGUUCGUGAAAUGUACUGGUUAAUUUCUGAAGCAUUCUCGAAAAUGGUCAAAAUAAUGAAUGUUGACGAAAUUUUCAAUGAAUUACUAGAAGAAUUGCAAAAAUCAACCUCAAAUAAGAUGAAAAUAUCAAUUCUAUCUAUCAUUUACGUUCUCGUUGGCGAAAAUUCAGAUACAGAAUUCGAACAAAAUGUAAUUGAAGAUAUAAUGAGUUUAAUCAUUCAGGAACUCAUUGCAAUAUAUGAUCCUGAUCAACCAUAUUUAGAUCAACUUAUUGUAAGCUUUAGUAAUCCUUUAUUGCUAUUUUUACAAAAAUUACCAGAAAAUAUCCAAAAUAAUUGGAUUUUGGAAAAAGUUAAAGCAUUGAUCGAUCAAAACGAUGAAUCAUGUUAUGUUGUUGCAGUCUGUAUAUUACAAUUAAUAGCUGAAGAAAAUUUAAAUAUUUUCGACGAAACUCAAUUAGAAAACAUAUAUUCUACGAUGCUAUUGUUACUAUCUGAAGGAAAUACUAAUAUUAGAAUGGCUGUUUUAGAUUUUUAUCGAUCAAUUUUCGAAGAUCUAAUUUUUAGUGUCGAAACGUUUCCUUUUGAAGACACAAUCUCUGUCUUAUUCGAAUUAUAUCAAAGCGAAGAGUUUCCAGACGCUUUGGAUAUAAUUUACAGAGUAAUUUUGAGAAUGAAAUCAACAGAUGCCAUUUUUGAUGAUUUAUUCAAUACAAUUAAGGGCUUUCUUAAUGAAGAACAGAAUAUCAAUGCACAAUCUUCAUUAAUUAUGAUACUAAGUGCUGCAUUUAAGAAUUCACCUGAAAUUUUGAAAAAUCAAAGCGAUAACAUUUGCUCAUUCUUACAGGAAAACCUUUUAUUUGAUGGAUCAGUUGAUAUGGAUAUAUUGAAUUGUUUCCUGGCUUGUUUAUCAAAUUGUAUUUCAUGUUAUCCUAAUUUUUAUAUAGAACAUCAUGAAUUUGUUCAUCAGACUGUUGCAUAUGCCAUUCAAUUCAAAAAUAUUCAUUUCAUAAUUCACAUUGAAUGCAUAAUUCGUGCGAUUUCGAAUUAUUCAACAGAUUUUGUGACACAAAAUGCAGAGCAGAUACUUAUUUCAGCUAUAGAAUUCCUCAAAAUAGCCGGCCAAAUGUUCCUCCCCGUACAUUAUGGCUUUUGCUUGGAAUUAAUUACGUAUGAUUUGACAAUGAGCAUUGAACUAUUGAAGAAUGAAGAAAUAGCUAACAAAAUCAUUGAAGUGAUCAAGGAUUCCGUAAGUUACUCUAUUCAAACUGAUCAAAACUUGAUUUCUUCUACUGUAGAUUUAGUUUUUGUUUCUUUGAAUGGUCUCUCGGAGAAUGAACAAAUUUGCAAUUCAAUAUUGGAAAUAUUGAAUCCUUAUAUUACAUACGCAAUGAAUCAGAUUUCCGAUUCAAAAUCAGUUUUAAUUUUGAAAUCAAUAAAAGAUAGGAUCAGAAUAAGGGCAUUUGGCAAUAAUGAUAUAGCCAUAAUACAAAAGGUUCUAGAUCGCAUGAUAUUUCUGUCUGAAAGACCCUUUUUCAAUCACAAUCAAAGGGAAAUUUUAGAAUUAGCUUUCACAUCGAUAUUCUUGAUAUCUGAAUCAUCAAAUGUAGAUGCCGUAACCCAGUUUGCUCAAAAUAACAUUGAAAAGUUUAUGAUUCUUUUCCAAAGUACGGAAAAAAUCCCAUUUUAUGCAUUUAAGUGCAUAGAAACCUUUAUAUUAAAGCGCUAUCUAAGUGAUAGCAAUUUGAAUGAUAUAGUUGUGCUUUGCAAUGAAAAAAUUAAUGAUUUAGAAUUAAAUUUCUGUCAUAUAUUAAAUGUCAUUGCAUUAAUAUAUCCGAUGUUCAUUCCAUCGUUUUUGGAACGAGUUUGCACAAUAUUUAUGUCACUUUCCCAAUCAGAAGAAAAGAAUCCUAAUUUAGAAGAUUUGGUUUCAUUAUUAUGUGUCAUAUUCUGCAAGAGUGAAGGAAAUCCAUUCUCAGAAGAAAUACACAGAUUAAUUCUUAGUUAUUUACCAUUCAAAAAUGAUUUUAGCUAUAAUGUUAAUGCUAUCUCGUAUCUGCUCGUAUUAGGACAAGAAUUACCAGAUAGUUUAGCUGAAAUCUACACCAAAUGCAUGGCAGAGCAUUUAUGUCAUCCAUUUGCAGAUUUUCCAAAAUUACUCUAUCCAAACAAUUCUGUUCAGAGUCUUGCAAUCGCAUUUUGCAAGAUGAUCGAUCCAAAUAAUUUUGAUGCAUCAAUUCUCUAUUUACUGAAUAAUAAUUCCGAAAAAUCAGAAAUCCUUAAAAACACUUUGUUUGCUAUCUUAAUGCAAUCAAAUUCAGGCGAAGCAUAA